UUUGGGGUCUACCAUUUUGUUGUGGAACAAACACACUCGACGUUAAGACCCUAGAUUAAAAUGGUUGGAGGGUUUAGGCAGGGGUUAGACACAUGAAGCCAAAACAGGAAGACCCAAAGGAAAUGGUGGGGGGCUGCUGUGUUUGUUCUGACGAGAAUGGCUGGACGGAGAACCCUCUGGUUUACUGCGAUGGUCAGGGAUGUACCGUCGCCGUCCAUCAAGCUUGUUAUGGUAUAGUUACUGUACCUACUGGAGCUUGGUUCUGCCGCAAGUGUGAAAGUCAAGAAAGAGCGGCAAGAGUUGUAAGUAAUCUCAGUUUCUCUUACAAGUUUGAAUUAUAUACCACACUGUCAUAAUGUGCUGAUGUCCCCUUGUUUUU